AUGGCGACGCACAUCUGGCGCUCGAUCGCCUUACUCCUAGCUCUGUCCACCUUAGUAGUAGCUAAGUAUGCAGAACUAGAUGCGUGGCGAGGUGCAGGUCCAGCGGUGACAGCAGCUCAGGAGGCUGAAGAUGAGAAACGAGACUCGGAACUGUUGGCCGCUGUUAGAUAUUCUAUAAAACAAUGGGAGCUAAGGAAGGGACGAACGAGGAUAAAGAGAUCCCAAGGCAGUGUGUGUUAUGGAGAAUUUGGAUGUUUUGAAGAUGCAGGGCCAUUCGCUUAUUUGGAGACGCUUCCCAGUCCUCCGAAAGAGGUCGGCACUCAGUUUCUACUCUAUUCCACGAUAAGCAGAGGUGACCAGCCACUUCUGGCAGUCUCAGCAAGCAACAUGUCUGCAGCUUGGAGUUGGGCAACUCGGGCCUUUGACGCGGCGCGCCCUACACGGGUCAUUGUUCACGGCUUCGGCUCUAAUUGCGAUAAUGUCUGGGUGUACGAAAUGCGCUCCGCUUUAAUGGCUGUAGAAGAGUGCAACGUGAUCUGUGUAGACUGGGAAGGAGGAGCGUCGAUGCCAAAUUAUUUAAGGGCCGCGGCUAACACGAGGCUUGUUGGGAAACAGCUUGCUAUGAUGUUACAAGGUUUGGCGGAUAACAUAGAUGUUCGUUUCGAGGACAUUCACUUAAUAGGAUUUAGUUUAGGAGCCCAUGUUGCAGGAUUCGCCGGCUCUGAGCUUAAAAAUAUAAGUCGCAUAACAGGCUUGGAUCCAGCGGGCCCGCUAUUUGAAUUUCAAGACCCGAGAGCUCGUUUAGACAAAAAUGAUGCUAAAUUCGUUGAUGUAAUCCACUCGAACGGAGAGAAUCUGAUCCUGGGAGGUCUAGGUGCCGCACAGCCACUGGGCCAUGUAGACUUCUACCCAAAUGGAGGGAGAGUACAGCAUGGAUGCUCUAACUUAUUUGUUGGUGCUGUGUCAGACUUGGUUCUUCCUUGGGCAGCGGCAUCUAUAGAGGGCAGGUCACUGUGCAACCAUCGGAGAGCGUACAAAUUCUUCACAGAUUCCGUGUCGCCUAAGUGCCACUUUCCCGCAUUCCCCUGCUCAAAUUACGACGCUUUUUCGGAGGGUCGAUGCUUCCCAUGUGAUGCGGAGCGACGAUGCGGUAACAUGGGUUAUUACGCUGACCGUUCUCUUGGAAGAGGUCAGCUUUAUUUAUUGACGAGAGAAGAAGAACCUUUUUGUGCGCAUCAGUACCAUGUGGAAGUGUGGGGUGGAAUCGAUGCAGGAGAAAAGCCUAACUUUGGUCGAGUAACAUUAACUCUACACGGAGACUCGGGCCUCAACGAAUCCUUCCCUAUGACCAAACGCGAGGACAGCUCGGGUAUGAGCAGAUGGACACGAGUUCUAGUCCCACACCCGGCAUUGGGCGUUCCUCUAAAGGCCACACUUCACUACGCCGCCUACAAUGGUUGGCUGAGCGCCGGUGCUAAGCGAGUGCAUCUCGAUAAACUACUCAUCACAGAUAGCUUUGGAAAAACAUCCUCAUUUUGCAAACUUUUAUGGUUGCUGUCGGAUGAGUCGGUUCAAUUACCUCUUUAUCCUGGUGAUUGUGAGAUGAAACCGAUUGACGGAAUCGUUAACGAAACAAAUAUAAAGGAAGAUAUUAUAUUAAAUGACAACGGGACCAACAUCAUCGGCGACGAUCCGCAUGACAACGAGCUUCCGGAAGAGUUACCACAGAGACCUUUUGCACUUGUGGAUACAUACGAAUGGGGCGGAGGUGACACUGGCCGUGCUUUUGGAAUGACAAACACCAAAACUGCACCCAGCGGUCAAGUGGAGAUCGCCGAGCCUGUCCUUAGACCUAGACCGAGAAAGACUCCGAGACAAAGAUCCGACAACCCCGAAGAGAUGCACGAGAUAUCAGAACCCCUCCUUCGACCGACGUCUGCUCCCAGAUCUACAUCACCCCCUCCUUUACGAAAAGCGAAACAUUUUGACGUAACUACUCCAACGAGUGGCCAAUUUGACGCCAAGGCAGACAAAGAAGAAACCAGUUUUGCCGUUCAGUUUCUUCCUGCGCGUCUAGCUUCCUUCAUAUCGAGAGCAGAAAGAUACGCAAGAGAUACUCUUCUACCAUUAGUUUCCGCCUACGCUCCACGUCUGCCAAUAUUUGGCUCGAGAGAGCUUCCAAAAUCAACAGCACGAUUCAUACCAACCGAAGAACUGAACGCUACAGAUUCCGUCCCUGUCCCGACGCCGACUUUAGAAAUGAAAAUUGAAAUGCUCCAAACGAUGGGUCCGCCGGGAGAGAAGCGAGAGUUCGAGACCCCUGAGGAUCCCGACAUUCCCGUAGUCAUUUCUACCACCACAUCGUCAUCCACAACGCCCACUACAACCACGGAGAGAUUAAAAGCGGCCCCCACAGAAAUGCUGCAAGUAGUAGCCGGCCCGUCCGUAGCCACUAGCACGGCCUUGCCUCCCGUAGCACUGCACAGGGAGGGUGAAAAAAUCGUUAUAGUUUACCCGACUAAUGCAAGAGAAGAGAAGAAAAUCCGGUCACAUUCUUACCCAGAAGAAAUGCAAUUCGAGGCGCUUUACAGACACACCGCUGAACCCACAGUGAUGAAGGUCGAUUUGCCCACAUUCUCUCCUCCCAUCACUACAACUCCCACGACAGCCCCCGUUAAAAGAUCUAACGACCCUCGGUACGUGCCUUCGUUUACGAAAGACUUGAAAAAAGAGUACAUCAAUGAGAAUUACUAA